UACGGUGGGAAUUAUGUAGCGUUUGUGCUUUAACAACGUUUCGCUUAAGACUUAUUGAUCCGGGAAGUCCGAAUCUGUGAAUGUCUUGCCAACUUUACUGAACUACCAGGUGGCGGUGGUGCACCAAAUCGUUGUUUUCCCCCGCGCACAUAACACGAGAAGAAGCAGUAAACGGACGAAGAAGAAGAAGAAAAAGACUCUGCAGAAGAAGAAACCCACAGCCUGAGCGGAGUCUCCCCGCUCGCUGCUCGAUGUGACUCCCCGGUCCCUCCUCUCUCCCGCUGCGGCUCAGUCGAAGACUUCAUGACGGUUUCGGACAGCGACUCUCUUGCGCUCAUCAUGCCUGUCCCCUUGGAGAGCCGCAGCUCCAGCGAGCCGGCCCGCGAAGCCUCGGCCUCGCUUGUCCCCGCCGCCCCGAUCAACACCCGCCAGCCGGGGGUGGCCACCUCGCUGCUGCACAGCGGCUCGCAGUUCCGGGGCUACCAGAAGAGCAAAGGCAACUCCUACGACGUGGAGGUCGUCCUGCAGCAUGUGACCGUGGAAGACUCGUAUUUGUGUGGCUACCUGAAGAUAAAGGGUCUAACUGAGGAGUAUCCCACCCUCACAACAUUUUUUGCUGGAGAAAUUAUCAGUCAAAAGAGGCCUUUUUUAACCAGGAAGUGGGACGCAGACGAGGAUGUGGACAGAAAGCACUGGGGCAAGUUUCCACCUUUUUACAAAUAUGCCAAAAGCUUCAACUCGGACGACUUUGACUAUGAAGCACUGGACAACAGUGAUUAUGUCUUCAUGAGGUGGAAAGAGCAGUUUCUGGUUCCGGACCACACUAUCAAAGACAUCAGCGGUGCCUCCUUCGCAGGCUUCUACUACAUCUGCUUUCAGAAGUCCACAGCUACUAUCGAGGGCUACUAUUACCAUAGGAGCUCUGAAUGGUACCAGUCUCUUAUCUUAAACCAUGUUCAAGAGCACAGCGUGCCCAUUUAUGAAUUUCGGUGCGGCAACGUGACCCAGCCGUUUGUCACGGAGACGUACAGAUGUGUGGCCUCAUACGAGACCAAGGACACCAAGAACAAACCUUUCAAAGUGGCCCUGGAUGAAAAAGUGGACGUACUGAUAAAGGAUAAAGCAGGCUGGUGGCUCGUGGAGAACGAGGACAAAAACAUGGCCUGGUUCCCUGCCCCCUACCUGGAGAAGCUGGAGGAUGAGUACGAUGAAGAUGAAACCGAUGGGACUCCUGAAAGAGGAACGCUGUGCACUGCGAUCAAGAGCUACAAGGCCACUAAAGACGAUGAGCUGACUGUGCACAUCGGUACAAUGGUGGAGGUCCUGCAGAAGUCUGACAACGGCUGGUGGCUCAUCAGACACAAUGGUAAAGCAGGUUACAUCCCCUCCAUGUACCUGCAGCCCUACAGCCACCCUCACAUCCACAUGGCAGCCAACCAUCGAGACCGCCGCGCCUCCUCUGAGCUACCGGCCUCCUCCUCCUCCUCCUCCUCCUCCUUGAUGCUGGAACAGUCCCACCAGCUCAGCCUCUCUUCAGGAAACCUUCUGCAGCUUCCACCCGUCAGGUCCUCAACCCCCCGUCUGCUCCCACCAGCCGUGAUGCCGAGGUCUCGGUCUCGCUCUCUCGGCAUCCUGUCUGACCCACCUUGUGCUCAGCCAGCCCAGAGUACCUCUACCACCAACGUUGCCCCUGCAAAACACUUUCCUCCGCCCACCAUCAUGGUGCAAAUGGCCGGAGGGGAGGAGGAGGAGCGUGGCAGCAGCCUGAGAGCAGAGAGCGUGACGAGCUUUGGGAGCAGCAGCAGCGAAUUCAGCUGCAGCGACGACCUCAGUUCCUCCUCAGCAAGCUCGUCCUUCUUCAACCUGAGCCAGAGCGCCACUGGUGAUUGGCUGCGCCAGAGCCGUACGCCUCCACCCGGGAAGAGCAACGGCCUCAGCCCAACGUACGGCACUGAGGGGAAAAUGCUCCCCAGCGUCUCUGAUCCCAACAUUUACAAGGGGAGCUCCACGCCCAAGGUGCCGCCCAGGCCGCAGCCUCGGGAGAUCCUCACCCGCUGCACCACCAUCACCCGCAAGAACGCCGGCCGAGGCCUGCCACCCACACACACUGAGAUCCUGAGCCAGUGA